AUGCUGUCAGCUUUGACUCAAGAGCUGCAAGAGCUGGAAAGAAGUCGGCAGCAAUUUGUCCAGGUGGGUUGGCAGAUUGGAGAUGAAGCAGCCUAGAGCUGAGCUUGUCUCUCUCCCUGUGUGGCUGCACACACACACACACACACACACACACACACCUGUUGAAAACUGACAGACUUGGACCACAGGCAGGAGCAGCCUGUCCUGUUUUGUCUCCCCUCUGCCAAAGCCUCGCUUACCAGGGUCACACGGCUUUGGCUUCCAGCUUCCGGGGAGAUCUUGCCGAAACCUGGAAGCCAGAGUCACUUCUCCGGUGACAGGGAAAAAGCGAGCAGAAGCAGUGGUAAGAUGUCGCCGGAAGCUGCCUCUGCCGCUUCUCACUUCUCUGGUGGCAGGAGCAGAGAAUCGCCUUGGGAUUCCGCCGCCCGAGGCAGCUGCUUCAGUCUGUCUCAUGGGUGGGCUGGCCCUGACCAAUGAUGGCGCCAUGAAAACAAAUAUUGGGAGAGAGCAAGGGCAUUUCGGAGGACUGGGCAAGCAGUUGAAAAGGGCCGAAGUAGAACCAGUGACCUAGGCUGGGGUACAAUCUGUCCUUUUUAUCAUGUGGCAUUAUGGCCACUCAAAGUAAAUAAUGCUGUGGUGGUCAUCUUUGGAUGAGGCGAGGCAGGAUUUCUCCUUUUUAUCAAAAUGCAGGACAAGCACUUUUAGAAUAUGAUGUUUUAAGCUUUAGAACUUCUCUCUCUCUCUUUUUUACAGUUGUAAGUUGCUUCGAGACCUUUUAUGAGCAACAAAUAGGUGUAAUUAAUUGUAAUAAUCCUCCCCCCCCCAGCAGGCGGGAGCUCCAGGCAAGCAGAUUUCAGACAAACAUUAGGCAAAACUUCCAAGGGAGCGGAGAGCGGGCAGUAUAAAUAUUUCUACUGCACCAUGAGGACAUUUACAAUUCCUUCUUGUUCUCUGUUUAUUUACAGCAUUUAUAUUGUGCAUAAUCAUAGCAUUUCUGAGCAGUGUAAAUAAAAACAAACCAUACGGUGAUGGGGGGGGGGGGACAACAUGAUUCAGUUUGAAUUUAAAGACGAACCUACCUAAUUUGCACUAACUGGAACAAUAUGUGAACUGAAACAGAGCUAUUCUUGGAAAUUUGCACUUUUCUGGAUUUUGCAAAGCAGUUUCUAACCAAGCAACGUGUACAAAAAUGCAAAAAUGAAGGUAAAGUGUGCAUAAAAAUGCACACCUUGGUGAACGGAAGCAUAAAAAAUGCAUUUUGAGGGGAAAUAUAAAUAUAUGGGGAAAGACGCUUUGCAAAAAUGCAUGCAUUAGACAAAAAUACUUAAGAAAAUGUGUAUGUUGGGAGAAAUUUGUACUGAAAUGCUGAUGGAUUUUCACGAGGACUUUAAAAAUAAGUCUCCAAACUGAUGUGCAGAUGGAAACAACUGAACUUAUGCUUGGGAAAAUGAGAAACUGGAAGAAACCUCAAUUGACAGAUCUGUCCCCUCCCUAGACAGAGAACAAAACAAUAAAUUUCACCCCACCAGGGAUUGUGACUGACUCUUCUCUUUCUUCUCUGCCUAGGAAUUCUCAGAGAGCGAGUUUGAGUCCUUGGCCUCUGGAUGGAGGGAGAAGCUGCAGCGCUGUGCGGAUGGGGACCAGCGCUGGGGGGUCUUCUAUGCUCUGAAGCCGCAGUAG